CCUGCUCUCUCUCCCAUGGCCGGCGUGAUGGGGGACACGCGAUGCCCAGGACGCCGGGCCGGGGCCCCUUGCAUGGGAUCCUCCAGCCGUCCUUGGGAAGAGCCAACAGGAAUGACUCUCCCAUCUUAUGGAGAUGACAGGGUGUCAGAGGCAGAGGGGGCUAGGGUGAAGUUAAGGGAGGGAGGGUGACCAGACGGGUGGGGGGCCUGGGGAGGCUUAUCCUGGAGAAGAGAAGGCUCAGGGGGCUGGCUUCAGGCAUCUGAGGGUUGUCCCCUGCAAGGAGCCCUCCUGAUUUGGGCUUCUUGACUCCAGAAAACAGAAUUAAAGGCAGCCACAGGAAGUUACAGGGGGCUAGAUUUCUAUUCAAUUGAAGGGGAAAUGUUCUAGCUAUUUUGGUAGGGAAUGAGCUCCCCAUCACUCUAGGUCUCCAAGUGAAGGCAGAUAACCACUUGAGUAGUGCAUUGUGGCCUGGGCAUGCCAAGCGUCUUGGGGACCCAUCAGAUCCUGGGGGUCUGUGGUUCUCUUCUUGAUGCCCAGACCAACCUGUGCCCCUCACCCCAGAGAGUGACCCAGACCUCAGAAGAACAUCUGCUGCUGCUGCAAUCCAGGGCAAGCAGGCUGCUGCUAGGACCCAGGGGUGGCCUCCCCAGCCCCCCCCCCCUCGGGAUCGGGUGCUCUUUAAAGGGCAGCUCCAAGAGUGACAGCCUGUACCAUCUCCGGGGAAGAGCAGCCGCAGCCCUGGGUAGAGGGGGGCGAAGAUGAGCCCCCGGGGCUGGCCUUCCUCAUUGUGUGCCCGGGCAAGACGGCGGCCCCCAGGGACGCGCCAGCUCUGGCUCCCCCCUACCUCUUCCUGGGCAGGGGCUGAGAGAAGUAAACCGAGGCUCAGAGAAGUCGGACAUCUGUCCCACGUCAUGGAGCUCUCUUGAUGUCGCCACGGAUACUGGGGCUCCCACCGGCCACCUGGAUGCCCGGGGCCAUGGCAUAGCCCGCGGGGGCAGAUGGCCAACAGGACUGAGCUAAAUGAGACACUGGGGGCAGGGUCCCCGUCGUCCCGCCUGGUGGGGCUCAUCCCGGCUGCCUUUCUGGAGGUGGUGACCCUUCUGGGCAACGGAACCGUACUGGCGGUCGUCCUCCGCACCCCUGCCCUCCGGAAGGCCAUCUACCUGGCCCACCUCUGCCUGGUGGACCUUUUGGCCGCCGCCUCUGUGAUGCCCCUGGGCCUGCUUGCGGCGCCCCCAGGCCUGGGCACGGUGUACCUGAGCCGGGGCCAGUGCAGAGCUGCCCGCUUCGUUACGGCCACCUUGGUGUCGGCCUGCACGCUGACGUUGGCGGCUCUCGGCCUGGAGCGCUACCGCUACAUCCUGCACCCGCUGAGGCCGCGGCCCCGGCCCCCGCCGGCCUUGGUGCUGGGGGUCGUCUGGGGGGUGUCUGGCCUCCUGGGGGGGCUCUCCCUCCUGGGUCGGCCUUCUCCAAACUGCUCCCUGGUGGCUGGGCCCCCAGGACCUUUCCGGCCCCUCUGGGCCAUCGUAGCUUUUGCUCUGCCUGCUCUGCUCCUCCUCGUCUCCUAUGGCAGCAUCUUCCGCGUGGCAAGACUGGCGGCCCUUCGCCCACCCCCCCCUGCGCCCGGCCCCCGGCCCCGCUCGGACUCCCUGGACAGCCGUCUGUCCAUCCUGCCACCCCGGCUGGCCAGUCCCCACCUGGUGGGGGGCAAGGCGGCCCUCACGUUGGCGCUGGUCGUGGGCCAGUUCCUUGGCUGCUGGCUGCCUUUCUUUGCCGCGUGUCUGUUGCCCGGGCGGUGGAGCCUAGGCGUGGAGGUGGCCCUCACCUGGCUGGCCUACUCUUCCUUCGCCGCCCACCCUUUCCUCUAUGGCCUCCUGCAGCGGCCCGUGCGCGAGGAGCUGAGCCGUCUGGCGCGAGCCUGGCUCCAAGCAGUGCCAGGCCCCUGGCACUGCCCCCCGGGAGCCUGGCUCCCCCAAAGCUUCCUGAAGCUCCUCCGGGGAGACCCAGAGAGCCCGGCCCUGGAUCCGUCUGCCGGCCAGGAAGCCAGCACGAUGACUGCAGAGGGGCCCGGCCCGGCCCACGGGGAGCCCACCUGAAAGGGGGCCGGGGGCGGGGGGCGAGGAGGAGAUCCUGCCGUAGUGGAGAUGGCAGGCACCCCCCGGCAGUCACAGGGUUCUCGCGCUGUGUCCGCGCUCUCCUUUAGUCUGGCCCCGGGCCUUCCCUGGCACCACACAAAGCCCCUUCUUUGCCGAACCUGGCCAUGGGGGACGGGUGAGGGAGUCAGAGACUUGGGCCCACACCCCCAUUUCCCUCGCGGCCCGAUGGACCGCCCCAAGGAGGGAGCGGAGCCUUCUCUGGGUCAGGGCUGCCUCCAGCAUGUUCCAGGAACGAGUCAGCGGCUGGCGCAGGAGCCUGGACGGGACGACCUUGAAGUCAGUCCCUGGCACCCAGAGGAUCAAUGGCUGGGAGAAGCAGAAGAAGCCAGGCCGGCGGGGCCAAGACUGCAGGACCAGGAAUCCCUGGGCUGGGCUGGGGACACGGAGGAGGAUGGGGGUCCGUCUCAAGGCGCGGAUGCAUCCUCCUCGGUGGCCCUCAGCCAAGGACCGUCCUUGGGCCACGAGGACGGCCUGGGAAGUGUGUUCUUAAAGAUGACUUCAGCCCCACCUUCCCCUUAGCCUUGCCCUUUCCCCAAUUCAAACUGGAGACAUCCGGGUCACUGAGAAUAUUUAUUCAAAAACUGGAUUGAAAAAAACUGUACAGAGUCUUGGCUGCUGAGAGCGCGCCC